AUGAAUUUAGAACUUCCUUCUUUCUUUCUUUCUUUCUUUCUUUCUUUCUUGCUUUCUUUCAUUCAUCCUUUCUUUCUUUCUUUCUUUCUUUCUUUCUUUCUUUCUUUAUUUCUUUCUUUCUUUCUUUCUUUCUUUCUUUCUUAUAACUUCCUUCUUCCUUCCUUUCUUUUGCUUUCUUUCAUUCAUCCUUUCUUUCUUUCUUUCUUUUUCUUUCUUUCUUUCUUUCUGACUUAUAACUUCCUUCUUUCUUUCUUCCUUUCUUUCUUUCAUUCAUCUUUUCUUUCUUUCUUUCUUUCUUUCUUUCUUUCUUUCUUUCUUUCUUUCUUUCUUUCUUAUAACUUCCUUCUUCCUUCCUUUCUUUUGCUUUCUUUCAUUCAUCCUUUCUUUUUUUCUUUAUUUCUUUCUUUCUUUUUUGCUUUCUUUCAUUCAUCCUUUCUUUAUUUCUUUCUUUCUUUCUUUUUUGCUUUCUUUCAUUCAUCCUUUCUUUCUUUUCUUUCUUUCUUUCUUUCUUUCUUUCUUUCUUUCUUUCUUUCACGUCGCGCCCAGUUGUCUGGUAGCUGCUCAGAAUUCCAGUCGAAGGAGUCACGAAAUAAACCGGCUCCCACCCCAAGAGAACGAAGAUACUUUGACACAAAUGCAGCGCGUUGA